AUGUGUUGCCGGCGCUGCAGCUGGCGAAGCGCUUGCACAGCCCGCGCGUGCGGCAGGGCCGCGACCGUGCCACGCCUAAGGACCACGAGCCCGAGGACACCCUGCGCCUCACGCACGAGCGGGUCAGUUGAGUGUGUUGGAGGCGCUGCAGCUGGCGGAAGCGCUGGCGCGCAGCCCGCGCGUGCGGCAGAACCGCGACCGCGCCACGCCCAAGCACCACGAGCCCGAGGACAUCCUGCGCCUCACGCACGAGCAGGUCAGUUGAGUGUGUUGCCGGCGCUGCAGCUGACGAAGCGCUGGUGCACAGCCCGCGCGUGCGGCAGGGCCGCGACCGCGCCACGCCCAACCACCACGAGCCCGAGGACACCCUGCGCCUCACACACGAGCAGGUCAGUUGAGUGUGUUGCCGGCGCUGCAGCUGGCGAAGCGCAGGUGCACAGCCCGCGCGUGCGGCAGGGCCGCGACCGCGCCACGCCCAAGCACCACAAGCCCGAGGACACCCUGCGCCUCACACACGAGCAGCUGGAGGUGUUGAUCGGGUACGUGGGUGCGGAGUGUGCUGCGGCGAAUAGUGCAGAGGAGGCGCGUCGCUGCGCUGAGGCGCGGUUACCGCUGCUGCUGCGCUGCUGCAGCACUCCGCACGCGCUGCUGGCUGCAGCGCUGUCAGCGCACCCGUUGUUGCUUCUGCUGCUCUACAUGAAGGUGCCGAAGGUGGCGCAGCUGGUGCGCGAGUGCGAGCAGCGCGGGUGCAGCAGCGCAGCGCUGCGGGCGCUGCAGCAGCCAGACGCAGCGCUGGCGCGAGCUGCACGCGCCUCCACCAGCGCCACGGACCGCGUGUCGCACGCGCUGCUCACCGCGCUCGCCGCUACGCACGCACACUCUAAAGACAUGACCCAGAGGGCGUGGCGGCUGGAGGCGCUGGCGCGCGCGGUGUGGGCGCGCGUGUCGGGGGCUGGUGCACGCGCGCUGGCCCUGUGCGGCGCGUUGCUACGCGGCCUGCGCGCUGAGCACGCGCGCGCGCCGCCGCACGCGCACCUGCUGGCCGCGCUCGAGGUGCUACCCGACGACCAGCUGCUCGCAGACCACGCCGUGGAGGAGUUGCACGAGAUCCUGGACUGCUUCCUGCAGAUCAUCAGGCAGGGUGGUGGUGGUGGUGCGCGCGGGGCGGACGGCGGCGCGGUGGCACAACGUGUAGGCGCGCUGCUGCGGCGCUACGCGGCCGCGCGCCCGCAGCGAGCCGCACCGCUGCUGCACAAGCACAGGGACACCAUCGCGGCGUCGGCUGCACUGGCGAGUGCGUGCGCGGGUGCGAGUGGCGGCGGGGGCGGGGGGGAGGCGAGCAGUGCGCCGGCGCACGCGCUGCUGGCGCUGCAGCGCCGCACCGCCUCGCCUGAUGAGCUCGCCUGCCACCUGCAGGAGGUUGAGUCGUGGGGAGUGCGCCUGGGCGGGGGGUGGGGCGGGCGCGAGUGUGCGGCGUCACUACUGCGCGCGGUCGCGCCUUUCGCCGCCGCGCCGCACGCUCCACUGCGCGCCGCUGCGCUCUCGCUGCUAGCGCGCCUGUUGCCCGCCGCGCCCGACGUCGAACCCGGUCUCCAAGCUAUCAUGGAAUGCCUGGACUCGAAUCAGCCGGAAGUUGCGCAAUCCGCAUUGGAUAAGAUGGCGGAGCUAAUCGUAGGCAUUCAAGAACACGCUGGCCGUAUACUGGCGCGCGUAUUCGAGCUGGGAAUGAAGUCGCGGCUGCCGACGGAGGUCUGCAUCGCGCGCUGCGUGGCAGCCAUCAACCUGCAACGGGGUUGCUGA